AUGCAUUUUUACUCCACUUAUUUAUUCGGAAACGACGGUCUUGUUGGCUUGUAUGCUGUCAUGGAGAACAAGAAAAUCAGCAUUUCUAACAGUAGUAUACACCCACAGUAUAUAUUGGUAGAAAAUGUAUAUUACUCUUCCAACUGCAAUUAUACUUCUAACAGAUAUAUGUGGAUGUGCACUAGUGUAUUGAUCUUUUAUAUUACUAUAUAUCCAUACGUUCCGAUAAAUCAGAUACACACAAGAACUAAGAGUUUACGACUGGAAGGAGCCUUCAAUAAAUGGGACAUUAAAGAAGUUUGUGCCCCCGGACUGCUUAUAGACGCACUACUUUAG